GGGCAAAUGUGCAAAUUAAAGAGAUGUUGAACCCGUACAUCAGUCCGUCAGCUCCUCUUUUCCUCUUUUCUCUUUUCCCCCUCUCCUCUCUGCCGCGCCUUUUUUCUAGUUCGCAGGUGACAAAGUACGUCGAUUUCUUACAUCUCGCCGGAGACUAGGUAGAGUGCCUACACCGAAUGAGCUCAAUUGUGCCAGGUAAGAUGGGGUCAAUGUCGUCGUUGCGAUUGGUCCCGAAAUCCACAAGGCUGGGAACAGUGUCAAGUAUAUUCGGCCCUUCAGACGCGGAACGCGACAGACGCGACCAAGACACGAACCCAACACGUCUCGUCGUCCACACAUUAGAGCGUUUUAGUUUUCGCUUUCCCCAUCUGAAGAUUGGCUUGGUGAUGUCUAUGGGUCCCACGAUGGGUCCUUUGAAUCCUGCAAGACACAUUCGGCGCGAUAUAUGAGGGGAAACGCCCAAUAUUCUCCACAAUACUGAGCAUAGCCUUCACCCAGAGCAAGACCCUUCCCCCUGUCUACCCCGCUCUUUAUGGUUUUACGCAGGUCUUAAGUUCUUGCGUACUGGAAUCGCGCGAUGCAUGACGUAUUUACGCGCUUUUCACCAGACAUCGGUCGCCAUCCAUUGACCAAUCCGACACGUCUUUUCACUUUUCGCCCUCAGUCCCCAUUAUCAACUUUCGAUGUUGAGUGGCGGCCAAGGAGGCGGCCCACCCAAGCAGAUGGGGUUCUGAGCUGGCAUCGAGUGCGCUUUGGAAUGUGGAGCACAUGCCCAGACUUGUCCAACACCGCGCUCGUUGGACGCCUGCAUAAUGGCGGCGAGAAGAUCAAUCUUUUAUGACGUUAUACGAGGGUGGGCGGCACUGUGCUCUGGAUAGUUGGGUUCGAUGCCUGGGGUUCGAUGCAUAGUAUCACAGCCACCAGAGUGAGGAAAGGAAGCACAUACAGUAGGUGAGUGCAUAAGGAGAUUUUACAGAUUGUCCGAACAUGGGCGCCGUUGUCUCUCAAGAUACUUAGGUUCAAUCCAUAGCAUCGCGGAUAUCACCGGGAAGACAAGCCCAUGAGCGAGGCCAAAAAAGGCAGGCCUUGGAGGUCUCUAUCUCCAUUUUAUCAUGUUCAGCUACUCAUAACACCCUCUUCCCUUCCUCUGGUUUGUCACGUGCUUCACUUCGUUCUUUAUUGUCUGCAUAUCUUACUUUUCAAAAUGUUCUUUCAAUAAACCGGGAACAUUACUUCUCCUAGACCUGCUUGCUUGCUCUAUAUAGCUGAACAAUCAUUUGUUUUGAAAAUUUACUAUCAACUUUGGUAUUAAAGCCGAAUCCGGGAAUGUUGAGGAUGCUCUUUGCUUUCGCUUCAGGCCCCCUUUGUUCUGUCGUCGCUUGCAGCCAGGAAUGCGGCGGAAAUCGAUCAAGCCAUGAAAGAACUUCAAAGAAAACCCUAUGCUUCCGACCUUUUAUGCCCCAGUGCCCCCCAGAAUAUGUGCUCUAUGCUUCACGAGAGUGCUACAGAACCUUCGAAGUCGAUCUCAAGCCUGGUUUCCAGAACAAACCACUUUGCGAUACAGCCAGGUCAAACGCAAGGCAUAUAUAGACAUACCUGAAGCACAUCAUACUUUUGCUCGUUGAGACAUAGUUUUCAAAUCUCCAACACCGAAACAAUAACAAGGAAUCCGGAAUCUACCUCGCUGGUAGUGCUCUUGGAGCGAGAAUGGCAUCUCAGGAGACAGAGCAACGGCUCAGCACGUAUCGCGGCAGACCCCAACCACCCGUCAAUGAGCGCCUGCAACAAAUCUACAAUUUUUUGGCCGACGAAGAUUACUACCGUUGCAUAAACUUCACCGAAAAGCUCCGGGAUAUCAAGGACUACAUCACUGAUCUGGAGACUGGAAAGCAAAUCUUUGUACUCAUUGACGAGAAUCUCUUGAGUUUAAUACUCGACCAAAUUAAGAUCCAUGAUCGAUGGAUUGAAGAGGCAACUAAAAUCACACCUUUCGAAUUCAAUUCUCCCCUCCUUAGACACCACAAUCGCUUCGGUCUUCCUGGGUGGGAACCCAAGCCCGGAUUGAUCAAUUUUGAGCUUGCGGACCUCCCGACUUAUGAGAUGGAUACCCCUAUAAUAGAAGCAAAGCUACAUGUAACUUUGCAAGAAGACACCGGCAGAAAGCUGCCCAAAGAACCAGAUCCAUUUGAGUACACGAGAAAGGUCGCUAGAUAUCGAGAGAGUCAAGACGUGAUAGCUCAGACUGUCAGAGAGCGUCAUAACAGCGGCGACGCCUUCGCAUUCAACCUUUUGCCGCGGAAUUUUAAGGGGCCUUGGGUACCUCCAGCACCGGCAGCGCUAUUAAAGAAAUGGGAAGAGAUGCGGGAAAGGCUCAUAGAUCUCAGUAGUGAUCUACUAUAUACGCAAAAGCUGGCUCCACGACUCUCUAUCAACCAAGUUGCACAUAUGAUAACGACGAUUUUCAAGACUACUAGUCCGCCAAACACCAUAUUGAUGGAAGACGAUUUCACCUAUGCCGACAUGGCAAAGCUUCGUGUUCUCACAGAGCCCUCCACUCACCGAACCAAGCCAUCCAAUCUCCGGGGACCAUAUCUCACUUUUGUGGCUAGAGUCAACGGUAUUAUCCGCAGCACUGAUACUUGGCCCGAGGAGGUUGAGGAACCGGUGAAGGUAGGUGAUCUGCUUGACAAAGUAACUUCAAAGGGGCCGCUUAAUCUGGACCAUCAUGAGAUGAUGUGGACGCUGGAACUUAUGCAUGGGGAUGGAAAUCUCAGGUACGACAAGGCCCUGAAUGUAGUGAGGGCGCCGUAUCCAAAUAAUCACCCGGAGGAUAGGGCUACUGCUGGCUCCGGGAGAUGGAGCGUCGGCUCACUCGGCGUCACACUGAGCGAAUGGGCCUACCUCGGCCUGCGCCUCGCAAACGCAACCAUGAAGAUCUCAGCCCAAGUUGAGGCUGCACACGCGGAUGACAAGUACAUGGAACUAGUGGUACUUGAGCACACAAAGAACCUAGCGGAGCGGCUCCGAGCCUGGGAGAAAGAGGUUGACGCCGCGAAUGGCAGCCCCAGCCUUAUUGAAAUCGCUACUCCUCUAGUCAAGGAAGUCGAUAGGGGGGAGCUUACUGAAGAACUCGCCCUCAAAAUCCUGCAGGAGGAGAUCGUCGAAGAGAGCAACCGCAACUGGGAACCACGCGCCUCCCCAACGACAAUAUGGGACUGGACUGGGAAGCGUGACCCCCUGACCGAAGAGUGCUUCUCCAUCGACCGCUGGACCCCGUCGAUCCAACACAUCGGCGACGUAGACAAAGAGAACAUGUACCUCGAAUGGGCUAGGAAUCAAAUGCCCGACAACCCUGCAGACGGCCGCUCCCAGAAGCGGAGGAAGCUCAUCCCAGGCGAGCCAGUGUUUCCCCUGGGCGAAACGGCAAAGCAGGAAGAGGCUAUAAGUAACAGAAUUGACGGGCAACUUCGCGAUCUUGGGAAUAAGAAGUUUGAGGGGAUAUAUGGGCCUGAGGGGUCCUAUACUCUGAGGCAGAAGGCUGCUCGAGAGGCGGAGGAGAAGGCGAAGGCGGCGGCGGAGGCAAAGGCCAAAGAACUGGCAGCAGGGGGGAAGGGUAAGGAACCAGAGUCAGAGGCUCAGGCUACGGUGCUGUAGACAAACCCGGCCGAACGAGCCGAGCAGGCGGGGACAGAGGCGUAGAUGGAUAUAGGGCCGCAGACGGAGAGAGACGCACAGACGGAGAUAGAGGCACGGAAGGAGUUAGAGGCACGGAAGGAGAUAGAGGCACGGAAGGAGGGGCACAGACAGACGCUGCAGAGCCACAGGUCGACAAAUCUGAGUCAGGGGCGCUGAUGAAUGAACCUGAGGCAGAGGAAUUGAUGAACGAAACCUGAGACACAGUAUCAGAUGGAGAUGAUAGGGGGGUACAAUCUUUUGUUGAGUUUUUUUACCAUGUAGGUCACUUCGGAUAUGCAAGCCUACCGUUAUGUCUGGGAUCGUCUGUUCUACAUUUUUAGUUUUCUGAGCCGAGUCAGAAGUUUAUCUAGUUUCCCUACUGGAGUUAAAUAUGCAAUAUCACAGAUAAUCAUUUUGGG